AUGAAGUUCUACUACCAGGUGCUGACGACGCCGACGGCCGAUACGCCGGGCACGACCGUCGUCCUACAUUUCCCGGACAAGCGGUAUUUCUUUGGGCAGAUCUCGGAGGGGACCCAGCGGGCCUGUACCGAGCGUGGUGUCAAGCUAUCCUAUCUUACGGAUAUUUUUCUGACGGGGCGGACGGAAUGGGCGAAUAAUGGCGGGUUGAUUGGUGUGAUUCUCACUCUGGCGGAUGGGCUGGCGAGCGCCGCGAAUGCGCUGGAGCUUACUGCGCGUGAGAAAGAGGCCAAGGGCCGUGGUGGUCAGCAUGUUAAACAACAGUCGCAGCAGCAGGACGGGCAGGCUGACAGAGGCACGUUGACGAUCCAUGGUGGCCGGAACCUGACGCACACCCUGGCCACUGCGCGGAGAUUUGUUUUCCGCAAGGGGAUGCCGGUUUUCACGAGGGAGUACGACUCGGAGGGUCUGUCCAAGGCUGGCUCUCAGGCACGCGCCGCUGAUCCGUUUGAGCAGCCGACGUGGUCGGACAGGAACAUCAAAGUGUGGGCCAUUCCCAUUCGACCCUCGCCGUCGCAGCGGUCGAGAAGGACAUCGCCUCAAGCCGGGCCUCAGAGUCCGAGAAAAAGGAGCUUGGACGAGUUCCAGGAGCGCGACGCUGACAAGCCUGCUCUGGACCAGCGGGCUCGGGACCAGAUUAUGAGGCAAUCCGUCAUCUCCGACAUGUUUAACUCGUCGUGGAGGAUGGAUGCUCUCGUCGAGACUCCUCUGGCAGAAGUCAAAAUGCCUGCGGUCAUGUUCGUCCGGGACCCGGAAACCAAAGACCUCAAGCCGUACCAUGGCCCUGCUCCUGGAAGCGACAAGCCACUUCCUGACAUCAAGGUGCUCGUGCGUCAACCCUGGCCUGGAGCCAGUGUGGAGAAACUGCCACCCACGACACGGUGCGAUGAGGCGGUUUCUUAUAUCGUGCGCAACCACGAUCUCAGAGGCAAGUUCGAUCCACAAAAGGCGAAAGAGCUGAACGUUCGCGCCGGUCCCAACUAUGCGCGCCUGACGAAGGGCGAGAAUGUGCUGUCUGAGGAUGGAAAGACUGUCACCCCCGAUAUGGUCUUGGGUCCCCCGCGGCUCGGGAAGGGGUUGGCCAUCAUUGAUCUGCCUACCUCUGACUACGUGGAUGAUUUGGUUGACCGGCCGGAAUGGAACUCGGCCUCUGUCACCACGGGACUAGAGGCCUUCCUGUGGAUUCUAGGACCUGGUGUGGGCGACCAUCCUCGCCUCCGCGAGUUUGUCGCUCGCAUGUCGCACUGCAAACACACCGUCUCCAGUACGGAUUACUGUCCCAACUACUUGGCACUGAGUAGCGUGGCAGGGUCCUCGAUCCGGCUGGCUAGGUUGCGCGGCGAGAACUAUCCCGUCCCGGUUCAUGAUAACAAGACCCUGCCGCAGCCAGGUACUCCUACGUGCGAAUCAGAGACAACCAAGGAAAUGAUCCGCAACUCGCCAUUCGAACCGAUCAAGCCCGGCCUGUUCGAGCUUAACCGCUCAGAGGUCACCGUGCAGAAGAUCCCUCGCUCCAUCGAGCAGCGGGUGACUGCCAUCCGUAGGCGGAGACUGGCCGAGUUUCGUAAUGGCCUUCCUGGGGCCAAUGUGGAGAUCGUAACUCUGGGAACUGGCUCGUCCUCGCCCACUCUCAUCAAUGUGCCUGGGGUGGGAUCCUAUCUGCUUGAUUGUGGCGAGAACACCAUCGGCCAGCUCAGGCGGAUGUACGAACCGAAGAAGUUGCAAGAGGUGCUGCAGAACCUUCGGCUGAUCUGGAUCAGCCAUCUGCACGCUGAUCAUCACCUUGGCACCGCCUCCGUCAUCAAGGAAUGGUUCCGUGCGAACUACCCGAACGGCGUGCCUCGAGCAGGCAAUUUCGAGACCGACAUGCGCAAGAUUCUCCAAGAAAAGCGCCUAUUUGUCGUGUCCGAGGAGAUGAUGAUCGGCUGGCUCGAGGAGUAUGCCGGCGUCGAGGACUACGGUUUUGGAAAGCUAGUGCCUCUGGCCGCCCACCCCAGCUACAUCAACCCAGACACCAAGAUCAAGACCAAAUUCACGUACCGUCACUGUCGUGACGACGGCUCCUACCUCGGGUGGGAAGCCGACGGGAGCCGGCCUCAGACAACCACACUCGAUUUCAACGACGAUUCCUCCCCGUUGACUCCCCUCCUGCGUCAAGCGACCGGGCUCGCCGAUAUCCUCACAACAAGGGUCUCACACUGUCGUGGAGCCAUGGCCGUCUCCCUCGUCUUCCCAGACGGUUUCAAGCUCUCCUUCUCCGGCGACUGCCGCCCCUCCGCCAACUUCGCCACCAUCGGCCGCGACUCAACCGUGCUCAUCCACGAAGCCACCUUCCAAGACGACAUGGCCGUCUCCGCCGUCGCCAAGAAACACUCCACCACCUCCGAAGCCCUCGAAGUCGGCCGCAUGAUGCAAGCCCGCACCGUCGUCCUCACCCACUUCAGCCAGCGGUACCAAAAAGUCGCACACGACCUCGACGUGCCCGACGAUGAGCCCGCGCCCGAACCCGAACCCUCCACCCUUGCCGUCACCCCCGCGGAAAACAAACCACCUCUCCAAGCCCCCGUCACCGCCGCCUUCGACUACAUGCGCAUCCGCGUCGGCGACAUCCCCAUCGCGCAGGCCUUCGCCCCCGCCAUCGAGAAGCUGUUCGAUAUCCUCGAGCGCGCCUCGGCAGUCGAAGCAAACAAGCAGAAGAAAAUUCGCGAAGCGGCCGACGCCCUGGCGAAAGAGAAGAAGCAAAAACAAAAGAAGAAGGGGGCGCCUGGGCCGGAGCCUGCGCCCUCUGCCACUCCCGCUGCCGGCGAGGCCAUGGAUAUUGACCAGGGUCGGUCUGUGUGGAGCGCCAGCGAAAGCGAGAGCGGAUGGGGCUCGAACGACGAGGAGUGGAUGGAUCGGUUUUGGCGUGGGAAGCGCAGUCGCAGUCGGAGUCAUAGUAGGAGUAAGAGUCGGGGCGGACGGCACUCGAGCCCGAGUAUUCGGACGAAGAGCGAUGAUGCUGUUUAGAUUACAGUAUUCCAGGUUGGUUGGAAAGUUGUGAGCGGAUACAUAUAGAACAGACUUGGAUCCGUAGCUCCGUUUCGUGCCAUGUGUGCAUGCAUAUACAUAAGACUUUUUCGACGGUAUUGGACAGCUAACGACAAUAUUACAAAACGUGCUAUUCAAGUACAUCCAUUAUUCCCAGUCUACUGGAUUCAAGAAAUGAUUGCCCUCUAUAAACUAGCCCCGAAUGUUACUAGAACCCGGCAACAGCCUUCUCCGCAUCGUCUUUGCCGUACAGCCCCUCCCCAAG